AUGGCUCUACUUGUGACAAGGUCUGCAGCGACCGCCACUGUGCCGUACAAUCAUCAUCAUGUAACGUGCAGACAGGAGACUGUGACAGUCGGACAUGUCAGCAAGGGUGGACAGGAGCUGACUGCACAACAGCUGCAACAGUAUGUGAAACGGGUGUCACUUACGGUGCAAACUGUGCCAAGUUAUGCUCCAACCGACACUGUGCUAACACUGUAUCUUCAUGCAAUACUCAGACUGGGUCUUGUGAUGGGGGUAUGUGUCAAUCUGGAUGGACGGGAGUUGACUGUGCACAAGCAUGUACACAGGGAGACAACUAUGGAGCUAACUGUAACAGGAACUGCCGAGACAGACACUGUCUUUCUUCAUCUGAACCCUGCAAUACAGUCACAGGAGACUGUGGUACUAAGGGAUGUUCACCUGGCUGGAAGGGAGACGACUGUACACAACACCACUGGAUUCACCAAUGUCAGCCCUCCGAGAUACGUCGGCUGCGCAGGACCGGUAUAUCGCAACCACUACUCUCCGGAACAUGUUUCAAACAGCCACCAUUCUUGUUCUGCAUUCAUGUUCAGACAAUCAGGAACCGUAUGCAAGCCUACAACAUCCGGCCACGUCGACCUGCGAGGAGACAUUUCUUACCGCACACCAUCGUCAACUCCGUCUGAAAUGGACACCAUGACGGAUCUGGUGGACAAGGAUACUGAUGAAUCGCGAUUCAACUUAAAAGUUGCUGAUGGGCGUAUCAGAGUGAAUUGCAGACGAGGCGUGAGGCACCAGGAAUGUUGUGUGAUGGAGGUUGACAGAUACGGGGGAGGCAGUGUCAUGGUGUGGGCGGGAAUAUUCUGCCGAGGUGUAACUGAUUUCCAUGUCAUUGAUCAAAACCUCACGGGACGAAAUCCUUGUUCCCGUAGUAAUUGCAUACAUGGCACAGCAUCCACACAUGAUGUUCCAACAAGACAACGCUCGACCGCAUGUGACCAGAGCUGUAGUGGAGGUACAUACGGCUCUGCGUGUUCUCUACAGUGUUCAGCUCGACACUGUGAGGGAGACUCAACAUGUGAUCACAUAACCGGUGGAUGUGUUAAUGGAUGUCGGGCUGGAUGGACGAGUACUGACUGCACGACAGCAUGUUCGAAUGGCAACUAUGGACUGAAAUGUACGAAAUACUGUAAUCGGCGUCACUGUUUGUCAUCUUCAUCCUGUAAUAAACAGACGGGAGCCUGUGAUGCUGGUGGGUGUAUAGCUGGCUGGAUGGGAGUUGACUGUGCACAAGCAUGUGUCCAGGGUGUAACGUACGGCUCUAACUGUAUCAAGUCGUGUGCUGCUCGUCACUGUGAUUCUAGAUACACGUCGCAGUGUCCUGCAGAUACUGGAAAAUGUUCUCGGGGAUGUGACCCUAGAUGGAAUGGAGAUGACUGUACACAAGCAUGUAUAAAGGGAAACAACUAUGGAGCUAACUGUAACAAAAACUGUCGUGACCGACACUGUGUUUCUUCAUCUGCACCCUGCAGUACAGACACGGGAGACUGUGGUACUAAGGGAUGUUCACCUGGCUGGACGGGAGUCGACUGCACACAACAAUGUUCAUUCGGCAAAUACGGCGAGAGAUGCCUUCAAGAAUGUAUAGAUAGACAUUGCUAUGGUGGACAACGGUGUGAUCCAGUAACAGGACAGUGUGUGGAUGGAUGUAUUGCUGGAUGGCAAGGAGUGUCCUGCAGCGAAGUUAAAACUACUGAUCUAACGACAGUGUCUCCACAAAAGGACAGCGAGUCGACAAUAGUUGCGUUGUCAACGGUUAUUGGAGUACUCAUCCUAUUUGUGAUUAUACAGGUUAUCGUGAAUAUCAGGUUAGUUCUGGUUUUGAGAAGAUCACGCGGAUCGAGUGGGCCUAGUGUCUCUUUCUCGAAUAAACCGUACAAUUCUGGAAACCAGAGCAGAAAGACUACCACGCCUUCCUCAGUCUAUGAAGCUGCUGAUGGUGAAACCAAUGUUCUGGAAUGUUCUUGUAUUUUUGGCAAAACCCAGCCUGUCCCCCCCCCCCCCCCCCCCCCUCCCUACAAAAAUGGGAGCCCGUACGCUUAUGGAGCGAAAAAUGCGUACUUCGUUGUAUGAUAUACGGUAAUACUCGGUUGCUGUCUACUUACACCAGACACUUAUGAUCAGUCUACGCCAUCCAGUCAUUCAUCCACACAUUAAUAUAUUUUAUCAGUCAUUUAUGUUUAUAUCUGCCUGUUUGUCUAUCUGCCAGUGUUCAUGUAAUGUUAGUUUACUGUCUGCGAUGAUUAGUAAAACUCCAUUUUUGAAAUUUUAGGGUAUAUUGUAUUAUAUAUAUUGCCUAUUACUUUUUAAUGUGCACACUUU